AUGGAGCAGAACCAGUACUUCAUUUCCGUGGACUUCGGCGCGUAUAAAACGGUCCUUACGAUCCUGACUACCCUGGGCGUCCUGACGACAUGGGCUACUCAUGGCGCUAAUGACGGUAUAAUCCUUUCGAUCUUCAAAUACAACAGCAAUGGUCAGAUCAUGUGGGGAAGGAGUGCCGCGGCAUCCCGCGGCAGAGAGCCGUAUGUUUGGGUAAAACUCAUGCUGGAUGGGUCCCCAGACGUGGCCACACAACGCCAUAAUCUGAGAGACCUCCUCGGCGGCACAGUGGAUCUGAACGACAUUGGCACCGGAAAAAUCAUCAGUGACUUUCUUCGAGACUUGCGGGACAGGCUGUGGAUGGACCUUAGAGAGCAUGGACCACAAAUCCACUGGUGUUUCACCGAACCAGAUUGCUGGUCAGACCGCGGCCGUCUGGAAUUUCGGUCUGCAGUUGAGAGCGUUGGAUGGUUUGGGAACAACCAUCGCAUUACCUAUGCCUCUGAAGCUGUAGCUGCGGCUGUAUGGGCUGCUGAUGAGUACAGGAACGGAAAUGACAUGCAGGAUGGUGACAUACUUCUUGUGUGCGACUGCGGCGGCUCCACAAUCGACACUGCCGUUUUACAAGUAAAUGGCAACAAUGGAGAUCGUCCUUUCACCUUCCAACUCCUGGGAGAUCCGACCAUAAGCGCUGCUCAGGCUCGGCAGUGUAUCAGCUCUGUGAAAGAACUAUUCUCAGGCAGGACCGGGACUGAGGUGCACGCAAUUCGGAUUGAGCUGCAGGGAAACCGCAAAGUAGAGUAUCGUUUCGACCACAAUGCCCUGGUCCUUGCCUUCAGGCCGGUUGUGCAAGCCAUACUUCGGCAGAUACAUGCACGAAUCACCGCCCCAUUAAAUGCCAGAAUUACGAAGGUGAUCCUGGCAGGUGGGCUGGUCAAGUCGGAAUACUUACGCCGUGAGGUCGAACAGGAUCUUGCACGCGCUUACCCGAAUGCCGGACCCAAGUUGCUGGGGGAACUGCAACACAGUGUGCGGGCAGUUUCACGCGGUGCGGCACUGUGUGCGGCCAGGUUGCAUGGAGUACAGGGCUUCCACAGCAACACCACCAUCCAAUUGGUAGUCCCUUCUGUUGCACAGGUUGGAAAUGAGCUGCGAGAACAAUCCGAUGCUUUUGUAGUUAUCCGACCAGGUCUCACUGGAAUGCAGGGCCAGUUCUCGGUUCGUAUGCGGUUCUUGGUCACUGCGCCAGAGCAAUACGUGAGUGUUUGUAGCCUACGGCAAGCACAAACACGCCGCCUUGCCUUGCAUAGGAUCGUUGAUCCUGCUCGUGACUCGGUGAUGAGUUUCAAGUCUGGUCAACAGGGCGGUCACGAGUAUCUGUUCCGGGUGUACUGGAGCAUCCAGCUGGGGACUUCCUUGUUCAUGCACUGGAGAAUCUGUCUUGAUGACCCACGCAAUCCGAACGGGCCUAACGCACCGGUGGUAGUGGUACACAUGCUGCACCGGAUUCCUCCACAAGACCUACAGCCCUUCCCGGCGGUUUGAGAUCGUCAAAUGAGGGAAUGGAGGCAUCUAUCUCUUCGGUCUCCCUCAUGUCUCCUUACAUCUCCUUUUCCUGAUUAUCC